AGGGCGGCCACCGCGGCAGCGGCUGAACUUUGCUCUUUCACGGGAGGCGGGGAGAGCCCCGGGGCUCGGCGGAGCCGGUCCCGCCGCACCCGCAGCCGCACCGGCACCGGGCUGCGAGCGGCGGCGGGGCCCGGAGAGCGGAGAGGGCGAACCGGGGGCAGCGCCGCCUCCUUCCUCCUCCCUCCUCCUCCUCCUUCUCUCCUCCUCCUCCUUCCAGCCGGUGCCGCGGAGCGCAGGAGCCACCGGGGGCGGGAGCGGCCCCGCAUGCGGCCGGUGCCCGCGGGGGGAUGCGCCGCGCCCCGGCCCCGCCGCCGCCGCCGCCGCAAACUUUCCGCGGGGCCGUGAACCGGCAGGAGGAGGAGGAGGAGGAGGAGAGCGACAAAUCCCUGAGGGGGCGACCCCAAAAAAAAACCUAAAAAAGAAAAACUACCCCAAAAAGCGGAGCUUUUCUCAGCCGGCGGUUCCUCGGUAAAAACUUAACCGAACUCGACGCGGGGAAGCACCGGGAGGAGAAGAACCGAGAGAAGGAGAACCGGGAGCAGAACCAGCACCGGGAGGGGAAGAACCGGGAGGGGAACCGGGAGGGGAAGAACCGGGGGCAGAACCAGCACCGGGAGGGGAAGCACCGGGAGGAGAACCGGGAGGGGAAGAACCGGGAGAAGAAGAACCAGGGGAAGAACCAGGAGCAGAACCAGCACCGGGAGCAGAAGCAGCGCCGGGCGGAGAAGAACCGGGAGGAGGAGAAGCACCGGGAGGAGCAGCAGCACCGGCAGGCUCCGCUCGAUGCGGCGCUGAGCCCCCGCGGCCCCGCGGAGCCAUGGCCAUGGUGGCCGGCGCUUGGGGCGAACCGAACGGUGGCGGAGCCGGUGGCACCGGGGGCGGCGGCGGCGGCGGCGGCGGAGCGGAGGAGGCGGCGUCCCCCGGCGGCGGCGGCAGCGACGCGGAGCACGGCGAGGAGGAGCGGCCCGGGGCCGGCGCGGACUGCGUGGUGUGCGGGGACAAAUCCAGCGGGAAGCACUACGGCGUGUUCACCUGCGAGGGCUGCAAGAGCUUCUUCAAGCGCAGCAUCCGCAGGAACCUCAGCUACACCUGCAGGUCCAACCGGGACUGCCAGAUCGACCAACACCACCGGAACCAGUGCCAGUACUGCCGCCUCAAGAAGUGCUUCCGAGUGGGCAUGAGGAAGGAAGCCGUCCAGCGGGGCCGAAUCCCCCCCAGCCACUCCAGCAGCAGCCCCAACCCCCUCCCAGCCGGCGACUUCUUCAACGGGCAGCCGGUGUCGGAGCUGAUCUCGCAGCUGCUGCGCGCCGAGCCCUACCCGGCGGCGCGCUACGGCUCGCAGUACGCGCAGCAGCAGCAGCCGCCGGGCAGCGUCAUGGGCAUCGACAACAUCUGCGAGCUGGCCGCCCGCCUGCUCUUCAGCACGGUGGAGUGGGCGCGGAACAUCCCCUUCUUCCCCGAGCUGCCCGUGUCCGACCAGGUGGCCCUGCUGCGGCUGAGCUGGAGCGAGCUGUUCGUGCUGAACGCGGCGCAGUCGGCGCUGCCGCUGCACAUGGCGCCGCUGCUGGCGGCCGCCGGCUUCCACGCCUCGCCCAUGUCGGCCGAGAGGGUGGUGGCUUUCAUGGAUCAGAUCCGGGUCUUCCAGGAGCAGGUGGAGAAGCUCAACCGGCUGCAGGUGGACUCGGCCGAGUACAGCUGCCUCAAGGCCAUCGCGCUCUUCACGCCCGACGCCUGCGGGCUCUCGGACCCGGCGCACGUGGAGACGCUGCAGGAGAAGGCGCAGGUGGCGCUGACCGAGUACGAGCGCUCGCAGUUCCCGUCGCAGCCGCAGCGCUUCGGGCGGCUCCUGCUGCGGCUGCCCGCGCUGCGCGCCGUGCCCGCCGCCCUCAUCUCACAGCUCUUCUUCAUGCGCCUGGUGGGCAAGACGCCCAUCGAGACCCUGAUCCGCGACAUGCUGCUGUCCGGCAGCACCUUCAACUGGCCCUACGGCGCCGGGCAGUAGGGACGGACACACGGACGGACGCACGGACGGCGGGAUGGAUGGAUGGAUGGAUGGACAGUGAGACAGGCCAAAGAACAGAAUGGGCUGGACAAAUGGGAUGGGGCCAAAAAUGGGAUGGGCCCAAAAAUGGGAUGGGCCGGAAUAUGGGACAGGCUGGACAAUGGGACAGGCUGGACAAUGGGACAGGCUGGACAAUGGGAUGGACAGACAGCGGGACAGGCCGGAGAACGGGACAGGCUGGACAGUGGGGUGGACAGACAGCGGGACAGGCCAGACAAUGGGACCAGCCAGACAAUGGGAUGGGCUGGAGAAUGGGAUGGACAGACAGCAGGACAGGCCGGACAAUGGGAUGGGCCCAAAAAUGGGAUGGGCCAGACAAUGGGACUGGCCGGACAAUGGGACUGGCUGGACAGCAGGACGGACGGACAGUGGGACAGACAGACAGUGGGAUGGGCCAGAGAAUGGGACAAGCUGGACAAUGGGACAGGCCAGACAGUGGGACAGAUGGACAGCGGGACAGACGGACAGUGGGACAGGCUGGACAACGGAUGGGCCAGACAACGGGAUGGGCUGGACAGCAGGAUGGACAGACAGCGGGAUGGACAGACAACGGGAUGGGCUGGACAGCGGGACGGACGCUCCCCGGGAAGGGGAUCGGGAUUCUCCGCAAUGCCGGCGGCUCCUGGCCCUGCUGGAACGGGGGCGCGCCCUCGUGGGUUGUGCCUGUAAAGUUGUGGGGUUGGCACCAAACGUUUUGGGGUCCUGGUGUUGUCACCAGAAUUUGUGGAGUCCCGACAUUGUCACCAAAAGUUUUGGAGUCUUGAGGUUGUCCCCAAAAGAAGUCCCAGUGUUGUCCCCAAAAGUUUUGGGGUCCUGGUGUUGUCCCCAAAAGAGGUCCCAAUGUUGUCCUCAAAUUGUCCCCAAAAUUUUUGGGGUCCCAGCAUUGUCCCCAAAAGUUUUGGGGUCCUGGCAUUGUCACCAAAGGUUUUGGGGUCCUGAGGUUGUCCCCAUAAGUUUUGGGGUCCUGGUGUUGUUCCCAAAAGAGCUCCCAGUGUUGUCCCAAAUAGUUUUGGGGUCCUGGCGUUGUCCCCAGGGUGUCCCCAAAGAUGGAGGGGACAAACAAGGGACACAGAGCCCCCUGGGACUGUCCCCCCCCAGCUGGCACCAGGAUGAGCCAGGAUUUGGGAUUUCAGGAUUUGGGAUUUUGGGAUUCCGGGACCAUUCCUGGCCGAUGGAAUCCUCGCUCCGCCAUAUAAACUCAUUAAUUAACGCCAAUUAAAGAUGUUUC